ACAGGUAGCGCAAGUUUCUUUUGGAAGCCCUCCUCGAGAAUCUCCUCUCAACGACCCACUCAGCAGACGUUGCAAAUAUGGCAGGCAAGAAGACAGGAGAGCAGAACACCAAGAAGGUAGCAGGCAAUGCAAAGAAAGCUGAAGCAGCAGCAGCCAAAGCCGCGGCUGAGAACGCAAAGAAAGCAGUAGAAGAGGAGCAAGACUGGAGCAAGGGAGCAAAGAGCAACGCCAAAAAAGAAGCAGAAGCCGCAAAGAAGGCAGAACAAGCGCGCAAGAAGGCAGAGAAAGAUGCUAUCCUAGCCGAAGAAGAGAAGGAGGCUCGAGCAGUACCCAAGAAUACCAAGCAGGCCGUGAAGAAGACAGAGAAAUCCAAGGGCCUCGACUUGUCACAACUCGAUGACGACGGAGAGUCCAAGAAAGCGACCGCUCUUAAUGCAACCGGUAUCGACAACGCUCUUGAUGCACUCUCCUUGACUGCCGACACUGGCACGAAAAUCGACAGACAUCCCGAGAGGAGAUUCAAGGCUGCGUUUGCUGCGUACGAGGAGCGGAGACUGCAGGAGAUGGAGACCGAUGGAAGUGGGCAAGGCCUGAGACAGAACCAGAAGAGAGAAAAGAUUCGGAAGGAGUUUGAGAAGAGUGAGGAGAAUCCUUUCAAUCAGGUUUCUGCGGCCUAUGAUGCUAGCAAGGAGGAGUUGAAGGAGCUGAGGGAGGCUGAGAAGCGGAAGAUUGAGCUGAGAUUGGCCGAGAAAUGAAUGGAUGACAUGGCGUUGGAAAAGAGAGCAUAUCCUGAGGGCAGGAGUAAUGCUUCAUGACUCAAAACGCGUCGAUGUUUGAUGUGGGUGAUGGGAAACGCGUGAUGAACAGAUGAGAGCUGGGUAUGAAGCACAGUCAGAGAUACGAGGAAUGAAGCAUGAACAAUACAGUAGAAAGUAAAUAAAAAAUAGAGCUGAUGCCUGAUAAUGCAGCAAAACCUACGGCCUUGAGGUUCUGGACCGUGUCUCAACUCGAC